UCACCGGGAGCACCGGGAAGAUCACUGCAGUCGACUCGACCCUUGUCUGUAUCAUCUGUAGCCUGCAAAGCAACCACACCAGAGCUCAAAAUGCCACUCACUGAUAUACUGGAACAGGGUAAAAUCACUGCAGCCCUGGAAGAGUGCAAAAAUGCUGACUCUUUCCACCACAAGCAGUUCUUCAAGACUUGCGGUCUGACCGGAAAGAGUCAUGCUGAUGUGAAGAAGGUCUUCGACAUCAUUGACCAGGACCGGAGUGGUUUCGUUGAGGAGGACGAGCUGAAGCUGUUCCUGCAGAACUUCAAGAAAGAUGCACGUGCACUCACCGACAAGGAGACCAAGGAGUUCCUCAAGGCCGGCGACACCGACAAUGACGGCAAGAUCGGCGAGUCUGAGUUCGCUGACUUGGUUAAAUGAACUGGCAAUUGACCAAGAACGUCUGCUGAUGGAACAACAAAGCCCACGUCGACCUCCCCCUUUUCAUCCAAAUAUGAAUAAUUUUUAUACAUUUGCUUAAGAGACCUUUCCUCCUAUGCAACACACUGUCCAAAAUGAUGAAUGUCGCUCGGUUGUGUUCAUGUCUUAAAUAUGAAUUUUGCUUACUGUAAAAUUUAUGAUGCACUUUCCAGGAACAACAGUAAAAAAAGAAUAAAUAUUCUUUUGCUACGGUCUUAUUGGGCUUUUAUUCUU